UUUGUGCAGGAGGUAUGGGCUUGGUGGGCUAAUCUACAACCCGAUUGGCGAUCGCUGGAUGAAAAUGGGUUACCCAUGCCCUUUGAAGAGUUCGGGGAUGAUUUGUCGUCGCUCAACAAGCAUGGCAGAAACGCGUGGGUUGGCCUACUUGCUUGCCUCAAAUGGUGGAAAGUUGGUCUGGGAUACCAUAUUGCUGAUGAUAACGAAGCACCCGUUAACGAAUGGCUUGCUAUUAUCGCAGAUAUGACAAGAAUGUUAGACAGAUUAGUUGCUGAAUAA